CACUACCAUGAGUGCCGCUGUCAUUUCCAUUCAGCCCUCUCAUCCAACUUACCUAGAUGAUGAGAUUACCGCCCUCGCCCUCCAAUUAGAGGAGAUCAACUACCACGGGGAAACUCGGAAGGGAAAGUACCCUGCCGAAAGUCCCCCAGACCUUGCAGUAGCAUAUGUCGACUAUCAGGCUGAGAUUACAGCCCACCUGGCAUUCCUUCGAGACGUGAAGCUUGCCCACAGUGUCGCACAUGCUGUGGAUGCUGACGCAGAAGCCAUCGCCGAAUUUGCUCAAGAGGAGAGCCGUGCCCAGGAAGAUCGGCGCAUCGCCGUCCAAAUCAGUACCGAUAAUCCCGAACUUGAAGCCCCGCCACCAGACACAGAAGAAGGCCGAAACGAAUUCAUCGACGACGAGAUCAUCCGCCGCUUUGUCACACAUUUUGCAAGCGAGGAAGCUCACUUCGACGAGGAAGAAAAUGGGGCCGGGCCAUCAGUCCCUUAUGCUCAGCGCCAGGCAGACGCAUUCGGGAGGCUCUCCCGAGAACAAUUCGAAUGUUGUUCUUGCAGGGACAGCUUCCGCUGGGCAUCCAUUACGCGCCUGAGCUGUGGAGACGACUACUGUAACCGGUGUUUAAAACGCAUCAUUCUACGAGCCGUCUCUGACAAUGAUCUUGCUUGUCUACCUCCACGAUGCCAUGGAAACCCCAUCCCACCCGCACUCAUUGAGGCACAUUUGAGUGAAGAGGAAUUAGACGACUUCCGCAAUGCAGAAAUUGAGAAAAUGACAAGGGAUAAGACAUUCUGCAGUAAUUCCGAAUGUGGACGAUUUAUAGCAUCAAGCCAUAUCCGGGCCGGUGAAGCGGUUUGUCCGCGUUGCAAUGCGCUCACAUGCACAUUGUGCAAGAACCCGUUCCAUGGAGGCGACUGCCCUGCUGAUCCACAGCUUCAAGUUACUUUGGAACUUGGCGUUGAACAACACUGGCAAAGGUGCUUCUCCUGCCGGGCCCUUGUUGAGAUCGAUACGGGAUGUAACCAUAUGAGGCGAGUUGAGGCCCUAGUCCUGUGCCGAUGUGGUGCAGAAUUCUGCUACCUCUGUGGCGUGGAAUGGCACCGCUGCGAGUGUGCUUUCUGGACCGAAGUAAACCUCGUUCGCCGGGCGGAGGAGAGGGUGGACCGAGUUGCACCGCUAAAUAUUCUGCCUGCAGAACGUCAGCGCCGCAUCCAAGAAAUGCAAGAUAAUAUGCAUGCUAAUCAAGGAGAGCAUGAAGACUGCAAUCACCAUGGCCGGAAGAAGUUCCAACAGAUCUACGGAGGAAGAGGUGGUAGCUUUCUCUGCGAAAUCUGCUACACAAGGCAUCGGAAGUUUAUUCUCGAGUGCAAGCGUUGCCAGUUGCAGGUGUGUAUGGAUUGCCGACGUACUCGGAUUUAA